GGGAAGAAAAACAAAAUGAAUAAAAAGACAUACAAACAGCGAACUUGAGCUGUGUAGAAACUGUAGCUAUCAAUGGUGUGGGCGCUCUGUUUCUUUAAUUUUUGUUUGAACUUCCCCUCUUUUAACAACAAUGGCGUUUUGACUCUCUCUCCUCUUCCUCCUUCAACUCGUCGCAAUUCUCCUAAAAACCCCUAAUUUCAUUUCCUUUUCACUCUCCCUUUUAAUUUCUAUAUCUUCAGAACAGGAUCAUCUCUCUUCGCUGCUCUGUUCUUAGCUCCUCACUAGAAGAGUACACCAAAAAGAUAUCUUUUUUCUUUGUAGGGUUUAUCGCCCUUAAUUAUAGGGAAUUAGAUUCCCUCUCCCGAUUCCUCUUCUUAUAUAAUCUUCCGAGAUUCUCUCUCUCUAUAUAUAUCAUUUCUCUAGUCUCGUUGGAUCUCUGAUUAGUUUCUAGAACGCUAAAAGUCUCCAACUUUACACAAAUUCUUGUUGUUUUGGAGAGGGGUUAGGGUAAAAAUUGUAGGUUUGAUUGGAAAAAUAAUGACUGUAGAGGAAGUUAGUGAUGGUUCUGCGUGGAGUAGGGAAGAUGAUAUUGCGUUUGAGAGAGCUAUUGCUAAUUAUUAUACAGAUGAAGAAUCAGAGGAGAAGUGGGAGAAGAUUGCUGCUGAUGUUCCAGGGAAGAGUGUUGAACAGAUUAAAGAGCAUUACGAGGUUUUAGUUGAAGAUGUUCGUAGGAUUGAAUCAGGAUUUGUCCCACUUCCUUCCUACCCUUCUCCUCCUGAGGAUGCUGGUGAUGAUGGAGGAAGCAUUAAGAGAGGAGGUAACAGUCAUGAUCAAGGGAGCAAAGGGAAGGCAGAUCAAGAACGACGAAAGGGUAUUGCCUGGUCUGAGGAUGAGCACAGGUUAUUUCUUCUUGGUUUGGAUAAGUACGGGAAAGGUGAUUGGCGUAGCAUUUCUCGUAACUUUGUUGUAACAAGAACACCUACCCAAGUAGCCAGCCACGCUCAAAAGUAUUUCAUUCGUCAAAACUCAAUGAACAAAGACAGAAGACGAUCAAGCAUUCACGACAUUACUAGUGUUGGCGACGCAGAUGUCUCAACGCCACAAGGACCGAUCACUGGUCAGAACAACAACGCCGGUUCUCCUGCUAUUGCUGGAGGAGGAAACAAAUCAGCCAAGCAAGCCUCCUCGCAACCACCACCUGGUCCUCCCAUGUAUGGAACACCCACCAUAGGUCAACCAGUAAGUGGACCGUUGGUUUCAGCAGUUGGAACACCUGUGAACCUCCCGGCUCCGCCUCACAUGGCUUAUGGAGUCCAUGCUGCUCCAGUACCUGGAUCAGUGGUUCCUGGUGCACCAAUGAACAUGGCUCAGAUGCCCUACACCAUGCCAAGGACACCAACUGCUCAUAGGUAA